AUGAUUAACGCAUUUUUGGUCUUCAAUGGCCAGGGCCAGCCUCGGCUCACCAAGUUCUACACCCAGCUGGACACCAGCAUCCAGCAGCGCCUGAUAUCGGAGAUAUUCACGCUCGUGUCGAAUCGACCGUCGGGCUCUUGCAACUUUCUGCCUCUGCCUCCUCUUCUCGCCGCCUCCGGCACAUCGCACAGCUCGACCGAAGAGCAGAAUGAUGUCCCCUCGCUGGUGACAUACCGCAACUACGCCACUCUCUACUUCAUCAUCAUCUCUACCGCCACAGAAUCGCCCCUUGCGUUGAUCGACUUGAUACAGGUGUACGUCGAGGCGCUCGAUAAGUUGUUUGAGAACGUCUGCGAGCUUGAUCUCAUCUUCAACUUUGAAUCGCUACAUGCGACCUUGUCGGAAAUGAUUAUAGGAGGUGUUGUGAUAGAGACGAGUCUUGAUCGCAUUGUUUCUGGUGUCAGAGCCCAGGGAACAGUCGCCAAACGGCCGGUGAAUGAGGGACGAGGCACUAUUGGGUCAGGAAUGGGUCUUGGAGGCAACUUUGCAUGGACAGGAAGGGUAUAA